AUGAUUAUAGGAUCCCUUAACAUUCGUGGAGGAGGUAGCGCUCUGAAAAGGAGGAGGUUGAGUGCUAUAAUCAAAAAGGGGGAAGCGGAUAUGUUCUUGAUUCAAGAAUCCAAAAUAUCUAACAUGGAGGAUUUUGUUGCUUACAGUAUGUGGAGCAAGAUGGAUGUGGACUUUUCGUUUUCAAAUUCUAUAGGUUUUUCCGGCGGCUUAAUAACGUUAUGGAAGAGUGAUAAAGUGGAAGCGUUGAAUAGUUUCAAGGGUGAGGGAUUCUUGGGUACAAAGGUGAUUUGGAAAGGCAAAAUCUAUUAUGUGGUGAACGUAUACUCCUCUUGCGUUCUUAGCAAGAAGAAAGAUCUUUGGUCUAAUUUGUUAAGUCUCAUGGAUAGUCAUAAAGAUGGAGAGUGGAUUAUUGGGGGCGAUUUCAAUGCCGUUAAAGAUAGGAGUGAAAGAAAAGGGAGACAAAAUGGGGAGAACACUAAUGAGAUGAAGCUUUUUGGCAACUUUAUAAAUGAUAGUGGUCUAAUUGAUGUUCCUUGCAAGGGAAAGAAGUUCACAUGGUAUAAUAGCAACGGUAAUUCGAUGAGUCGGAUUGAUCGAUUUUUGAUUUCUAACUCCAUCGUGAAUGAUUGGGGAGUUACGGGACAACUUGUUGGUCCUAGAGACAUUUCGGACCAUUGUCCUAUUUGGUUGGUGUCGGACAAAGAGAAUUGGGGUCCAAAACCGUUCAAAUUUAACAAUGAAUGGUUUACGAAAGACGAUUUCUUAGCCUUUGCGGAAAGGGAGUGGAAAGACAUUCAUGUGGAAGGGAGAGGUGAUUUUGUUCUUAAAGAGAAGUUGAAGAUAUUCAAAGAUAGACUCAAAUGGUGGAAUAGAGAAGUUUUCGGUAAAAUUGAUUUGGAAGUGGAGGAAAGGGUGGGAGACAUAAAUGCGGGGGACGCUUUAGCCGAGACGGUGGCUCCGGGAGGUUUAUCUCUAGAAGAUUCGAAAUCUAGAAAGGAAGCGGUUAGCAAAUUUUGGAUGAAUUUGAGGAUAAAGGAAAACAUGUUGGUUCAAAAAUCUAGAAUCAAAUGGCUUAAUGAUGGUGAUUCGAACUCCGGAUUUUUUCAUAGAGCUAUUAAGGAGAGGAGAAGACAUAACCAUAUUGGCCCCCUUAAUGUUGCGGGGAGCAUGAUAGAGAAAGUGGAGGAAGUAAAGUUUGAGGUUCAUAGGCAUUUUGCUAGAAAAUUUAAGGUCAUGGAAGGUGAGGAAUCGUUUCUUGAGGGCAUUACUUUUGACGACAUUAAUGAAGAAGAUAGGAUUUUUUUGGAGGGUACUUUUCUUGAGGAGGAAAUUAAGGAGGCUAUUUGGGGAUGUGGCAUUUCAAAAAGUCCGGGUCCAGAUGGAUACUCUUUCUUAUUUAUUAAAAGAUGUUGGAGUUUCUUGAAGGAUGACUUCUUUCAUUAUUGCAAUUACUUUCAUUCGGGUGGUCGUAUCUCAAAGGCGGUAACAUCUUCUUUUUUAUCUUUGAUUCCUAAAUCUACUAAUUCGGUUACUCUUGAUGAUUAUAGACCUAUUUGUUUGGUUGGUUGCUUACAUAAUAUUGUUUCCAAAUUGUUAGCAAGUAGAUUGAAGAAAGUUCUGGACCGUAUUAUCUCGCCUUGUCAAAAUGCGUUUGUGCCGGGUAGAUUAAUGCUAGAAGGUGUUUUGGUGGCAAAUGAGUUGGUGGAUUAUGCUCGAAAGGAAAAAAAAGGGUGUGUUCUUUUCAAGGUGGAUUUCGAGAAAGCAUAUGAUGAUGUAAGUUGGAAUUUCCUUAGAUCUAUGUUAACGAAGAUGGGCUUUGGUUUGUUAUGGAGGAAAUGGAUGGAUAAUCUUAUUUUUCAAAGUAAGAUGUCUGUUUUGGUGAAUGGUAGUCCCACUAAGGAAUUUGAGGUUGAAAAGGGUUUGAGACAAGGAGAUCCCCUAUCUCCUUUUCUCUUUGUUAUUGUGGCGGAGGGUCUGGCGGGUCUUGUUAGGAAGUCUCAAGAGCUUUGUGAGUUUGAAGGCUUUAUUGUUAAUGGUAAGGGCAUGGUGGAUUUACUUCAGUUUGCGGAUGACACCUUAAUUGUGAGGGAAGGUACGCGGAAGCAUGUGUGGGCGAUAAAAGCGGUUCUAAGAGCCUUUGAACUUGUAUCGGGUCUAUGUAUCAAUUACCACAAGAGUAAGUUGAUUGGUGUUAAUAUUAGUUCAAAUUUCUUGGAUGCGGCUUCCUUUGUGUUAUCCUGUAGGAAGGAAGAUAGUAGCGUAAAUUUCCUUGGAAUCCCCAUUGGGUCCAAUCCGAGGAAAGCAUCUACUUGGAAUCCUCUUUUGUUCAAAAUUAAAAAGAGACUCUUGGGGUGGAAGAAUCAUUUUUUAUCUUUGGGAGGAAGGAUAACUCUUCUCAAAUCCGUCUUGUGUUCUUUAUAUAUCUUCACAUUAUCUUUUUUCAAAAUGCCAAGUGCGGUGUCUAAAGAAGUUAAUAAGAUUUUAGGCGAUUUCUUGUGGGGAAGUGUGGAAGAGAGGAGGAAAAUUCAUUGGGUGAGUUGGAAGAAGGUGUGUCUCCCAAUUGAUAAAGGGGGCCUAAGUAUGAAAUACUUGCCGGAUUUCAAUGUGGCUCUCCUUAACAAGUGGAGGUGGAGAAUUCUAAAAGGUGGAGAUGAAGUGUGGCUUCGUUUAUUAAAGGCUCGCUAUGGUGACAUUACUUCCGUCAUAUUAAGCAAAGGUACGCAUUCUCUUGUCUCUAACUCUUCUCCUCCUCAUUCAACUACUUCAUCCCCUUCUUCUUCUUAUUGGUGGAAAUACCUUAUUUCCAUCGGUAAAUUUCGCCAUUUGGAUCCGAUGGUUCGUUUGUGCAAAUUCAAGAUCGAAAGAGGUUUCACCACCCCUUUUUGGGAAGUGAAUUGGACGGGUAAUUUUUGCUUGAUGGACGAGUUUCCGAACUUGUAUAAAGAAACUAGAUUGAGAUUGGUUUCGGUAGCGGGUAUGGGAGGAUGGGUCAAUCAUGAUUGGAGGUGGGGUGAUAUGGGUUUGGCCCCGGCGGAGGUUUCGGGAGGCAGUGGGCCGAACGGGCAGGAAGUAGGGUCUCUUUGUGAGCUGUUACAAGCGUUUGAGCCGGAGAGUAGUGGUUCGGACACAGUUUCUUGGGUUGGAGAACCGGACGGUCUUUUCUUGGUUGCUUCGUGUUAUAAAUUUUAUGAGUUUUUUCGGAUCCCGUUGGGUCCUCCGAAUAUUCAUGAUGACGCUUUUCGAUUGAUUUGGAAAGUUGAGGUCCCGUUCAAAAUCAAAGCUUUUGCUUGGAGGUUAUUUAAUAAUAGACUCCCAACAAAAGAUUUGCUAGCGGCUAGAGGGGUAGUUUUUUCCGGUGAGAAUUCUCUUUGUGUGUUUUGUGGGAUUCACCCGGAAGAUUGUGUUCAUUCUUUUUUCAAGUGUAAUGUUUUGAAGGUGGUUUGGCGGAGUAUAGCAAAUUGGAUUGGGAAAAGUUGGAAAGAGGAAGAUGAUUGUUUUUGUAGUUUUAAGGAUUGGUUCAUGUAUUGUAAAGAUAACAAUUCCAAGAAAGGAAAAUUAGGUGUUGUGUGGUUAGCAUUGAUUUGGUGCAUUUGGCUCACGAGGAAUGGGUUUUGUUUCCGGAAUGAAGCUUGGAAUGUGGAUAGUUUGAUUUGGAACGUGAAAAUCUUGGUUUGGAAAUGGAGGCCUAUUGGUGAAAUUACUUAUCCCAAUUGUUGUUUUUAUGACUUUAGUAAAGAGCCCUUAUUCUUUCUAAAGUAG